GGGGGGUGGGGUGGGGUGAGGGCAGGGCUUGAUGUUCAGCCUGUGCCUUCUUGUUGAACCAAAGGGCUUCAGCUCUGUGCUUCUGUGAAGUGCUCACUCGUUCAGGCGUGUGCACGAGUGUGUAUGAGUGCGUGUGUGUGUAUGUGCGCCUGAACCACAGCAGCCAUGUCAGACCCCAGGGACAUUGACGAGGACGCCAUCCUCAAAGGUCUGAGCGCCGCGGAGCUGGACCAGCUGGAGUAUGAGCUGCAGGAGAUGGACCCGGAGAAUGCCAUGCUGCCAGCUGGCUUCCGGCAGCGUGACCAGACGAAGAAGAGCCCGACGGGGCCGUAUGACCGCGACGCCCUGAUGCAGCACCUGGAGAAGCAGGCCCUGGAGCACGAGGACCGGGAAGACCUGGUGCCCUUCACUGGGGAGAAGAAAGGAAAAACCUUCGUACCCAAGAAGCCGGCUGAGAUCCCCUUACACGAGCAGGUGAUCCUGGAACCAGAGCUGGAGGAGGCUCUGAAGAACGCCACCGACGCUGAAAUGUGUGACAUCGCAGCUAUCCUGGGAAUGUACACCCUGAUGAGCAACAAGCAGUACUACGACGCCCUGGGCACCACCGGCACCAUCGCUAACACAGAAGGCAUCAACAGUGUUGUGAAACCAGAUCCAUUUAAGAUCUUCCCUGAUGAGCUACCGAACCCCACCAAUGUGGAAGAAACCCUGGACAGAAUCCACAACAAUGACAGCAGCCUGACUGAAGUCAACCUCAACAACAUCAAGGUCCACAAAAACAUGAGAACAUACACAAGGACUCUGUCCAACAACACAAAGCCAGCGCUCGGAAUUCUAAAUUUGCUCCUCUUUCUCUGCACACAUAAACAUGUUUCUGUGCUGCAGGACAUUCCCAUCCCAACGCUGAAAGAGAUCUUUGAGGGGAUGAAAGGAAACUCUCAUGUAGAGUCUCUGAGUAUCGCAGCCACCCGCAGCAACGACCCUGUGGCCUAUGCAUGUGCUGAGAUGCUGCAGGAGAACACCAGCCUUCAAAGUCUUAAUAUUGAGUCCAACUUCAUCACCGGAGAUGGAAUGAUGGCAAUUAUCAAAGCCAUGGCCAACAACGCCACACUGGUGGAGCUGAAGAUCGAUAAUCAGAGGCAGAAACUGGGAGACUCAGUGGAGAUGGAGAUUGCCAGUAUGUUGGAGAACAACUCCAGCAUCCUGAAGUUCGGCUACCACUUCACUCAGCAGGGUCCGAGAGCCAGAGCCGCCAUGGCCAUCACACGCAACAAUGACAUGAUUCGUCAGCAGAGAUUAAGAUGAAAGCAACAAAAUGCAAAAAGAAGAUGAAGUCGUCAGCUCCACGGAGCCGACACGUGCCAAAGGACUGCCACCAACGCCACCUUCUAGCCUCCGUCAGCUCGGUGCACCUGAGCUGAGUUCAUGGUUCUGCUUCUUCAGUGCUGAAUGGGCCAGCGUGCACAGUGAAGACCAGCUAACAUCCAUGUCCAACCAUUUCAUUUCAUGUGCUUUGUGUAGACUGCUCAGUUCAUCAUAAAGGCGUGUACAGGCCAUGAGCCCAAUGUCAAGUGUCUUUUUUGUGCUUUUAGUUUGUGCAACAUCAUCCAAAUUCAAGAUUAAAUCCAUUCAUUCAUCCUGACAUGUUCAAUGUGGUGCUAAAUACGGGAAGAAUACAGUCUGUAAAUACUUUAAAUAAACAAUAUAUAUUCUGUCA